AUGGCCUUAGGUAUGCAGAGGGCCCGCCUCGUCUGGCUGUGCUCUCAACCCACUGCUUUAUCUACAUCUUCAUUCCGGUUUGUGCAGCUUCCUGCCUCACCCGCAUGCACCCGAAAAUACGCCGUCGCGGCUGCCGCCAAAAAAAAGUCAGAAGCGUCACCCAAGGCGACGUCUGCAGGCAGUAAACCAAUCCCUAAUGCCUCUGCAAAGGGAUCUGCUAAGACUACCAAAAAGCCAGCCAAACCCACCCAAGGAAAGGUGGUAGCGGCCACUACCUCCCAGCCGGCCCCCACUACAUCCGUUAAAAACCCAGAGGUAACCCCCGCACCCCCUCCAACUUCAACAACGACAGCGACUCCUUCGGGAGUCUCGAAGAAAAAGAAGGAAGAACCUGCUAUUUCGGAACAGGAGGCACAGUUGAGGCAACUGGAGCAGCUGCAACUUAUGUCACGCUUGAUGCCCCAAGUUGACCCAUGGGGACAGCAAAUUCAUGAAUCGCUAGACGUCAUGAUACCUGCAUCUGUCACAUGGAAGAACUUUUCAAUCAAGAGGAUGUUCAAAAAUCUCUUCAAUAAUCGCCAGAAUGCCCUCAAGAACGCUAUUAGUCUAUAUGUUCUCGCAGCCAGCGACGCUCUCCCAGGAAUCAGUUUGGAGAAAACGCGGUGGUGGCAGAAAUUGCUUUGGCCUUACAAAGCUUUCACCACUCAGUCCGUCAAACGUGGAGCCUGGAUGCAACCUCUCGCUCAAAUAGCUCUGGAGACCUACCAAAAGAUCAACACUGCAGUUGCUAGGCACGAAGAAAAAGGCGUCAAGACGUAUACCACUUCGGACUACCAGAAACAUAUGCUGGACCUUACUCGCAGUAGAAAAAGAGGAGGUUUUUCAUUCAUCUGGCGGUUCCACAAUGAGGUCCAACCAACCCGCAUCGUAUCGCUGCGCGUAACGGAUGGGUAUUUGGGAUCAGAAAAGCCAAGGCUUGGACAUAGAUAUCUGGUCCAUGCAUUGGUGAGGCUCGAUACAGAGCAGAGUCUCGAGAUAUACGACUCGCGAGGAAGCGUCCUUCACGAGCCUGCUGGACCCAAAACUGAAAGUGGUACGACCCCAGCUCACCCAAAACGAGUGACGGAGUACUUGGUGCUAGAGAAGAGGCUAUGGUACAAUUCUCCCUGGGCAUUCAGGGAACAGCUGUGGGAGAUUCCUCCAGGCAUUGAGGAAAAGAAGGCUUGAUACUGUUGUGGCGUUUUUAUAAUAAAUUAUCAACUCAUAA